AAUACAAAUGAUUUUUUCUAAAUUUCCGUUUUUAACAAUAUGGCCGCCAGUUGUUUAGGGUAAUGUGGCGUUCGACAAAACUGAGUGAAAUUGUUAAAAUAUUUAAUAGUGACGUAAAGAUGUAUAAAGUCUUCAUCGUUUUAUAGCAGUGUUUCAUGACAGGGACGGUCUAAUGUAUGUUCUUAGUUCGUGUGUAAAAAUUUAAACACUAAAAUUGUAUUCCAAAUUGAACAGUCAACAAACUUUUGUUUAUUUCAUUGGGAGUGAAUUGAUUUGUUUCUGCGGAUAAUACUCGAUUAUGAACCAUCCAUACGUGUCUUGAAAUAGUGAAUUAAGGACUGUCGUCAACACAUUAGGUUAUGGCAAACUUGAAUUUCCAGCAAGCACCAAGAAGCCUAGCGAGCGGCGGGGUGGGCGGUCGCGUGAGCUCGGGGCUGGUGGGCGGCGUGUCGGGACAUGUGACGCCCACGUUCGGCGGCGCGCUGUCGCCGGGCCGGGGCUCCACGGCGAUGCCCGGCGGCGCGCCGCCCUCCAUGGCCUCGCGCGCGACCCUUUUCGGACAGCGCGCCUUCGCCGACAGGAGGGUGCCCAUGCCCACCACACUGUCACAACAACCCAACUCUAAUUCCAUGUCAAGUAUGGGCAACUUAUCUCGAUUUAACGCCAGCAGCAACUACCACUCUGUAUUCGGCGAGGGCGGAGACACGUCGACGCCGCCUUUACUGGACCUCAGCGAGUUCCCGUCGCUCACGGCGCGCGGCGCCGGCGACCAGGCGCCCGCCGCCGCGCCGCCGCCGCCCGGCUCUAAACCUUACGUGGGUAUGGUGAAGCAGCCAACGUCGGAGCAGUCUGAGUUCACGAUGUCGUCGGAGGACUUCCCCGCGCUGCCCGGCACGUCGAGCGCGGGCGGCGCGGCGCCGGGGCCCGCGCCCGCGCCCAGCCUCGACUACAACAACCACAGCGACAAGCUGCGGAAGGGGAUACAGACCUCGCCCGACGGCAAAGUAACGAACAUACCAGACACCAUGAUUCCUAAUCAAUUCGGCAUCGUGGGACUACUGACGUUCAUAAGAGCGGCGGAGUCGGAUCCUAGUUUAGUGUCGUUGGCGCUAGGGCAGGACCUCACUGCACUAGGAUUGAACCUUAAUUCACCUGACAACCUCUAUCUCACCUUCGCUGGACCAUGGGCGGAUACGCCUUGCAGACCACAAGACUUGGACUACCAUGUGCCUCCCGAAUACCUGAUAAACGGUUCUAUUAGAGAAAAGUUGGCGCCGCUACGACUGAGUCGAUAUAAGGAAGAUUUAUUGUUCUAUUUGUUCUACUGCUUCGUGGGCGACGUGCUGCAGAUAGCCGCCGCCGCUGAGCUAUACAACCGCGAAUGGCGGUAUCACAUGGAGGAGAAGGUGUGGAUCUCGCAAGCGCCCGGCAUGCCCAUGGUGGAGAAAACGUCCACCUACGAGCGCGGCACCUACUACUUCUUUGAUGCGCACAAUUGGCGCAAGGUGGCGAAAGAAUUCCACCUGGACUACAGCAAGCUGGAGGGGCGGCCGCAGCUGCCGCCGCACGUGCUGACGUAGCGGCCCCGCGCCCACACACCUAUUGUAGUUUUGUUAUAUAAAAAGUACAAGUUUAAAAA